GGGGGGGCGUACUCCUAUGUUUUGCAUGGCCUUAGCGGUUACACCAUUGACCACGCGUCCUCGAGAGGACGGAGCAUUGUUCCCACAGGACCGAUCACCGAUGGCCCAUCGUUCCUUCCUACUUUUUGUGGGAGACAUCGAGCUUGGUGAGUUGCUAUGUGACAGCCUUGAGGAUGCUGCGGACUCUAGCCUGCUGCGAUUCACGAUCAGCUCUACCGAGACGGUGAUAGCUGAGCGCACCUCCUACUCGUCUAUCGACGGCAGCGUUCUAUCGGACGGCAUCACGCGCAUGAGCUUCCUCCUGAAGCUGGUGUCACGAAACGCAGACGGCAGCACCUCUAUCGUCACAUCCGUACCGUGCUCCGCCGGAUCCAGCAGCGAACUUUGCAUGGUGGAGCUCGAAAUGUUCUUUCACGACGAAAGUGAGGCUGUGGACACCACACAAUCCUCUUCGUCAAGCUCCAGUUCGAAGGACCAGGGCUCUCGGAUGCUGAAGGAACAACGUGUGUCGAUGACCUAUACGGAGGAGGAGUCGCUUCGGUCGCAAGGCCUACCAAGCGACCGCAGCCUGCAGGCCACAACGGUGAUCGACGUCCUCAUCGUCUAUUCCCCGGAGGCCGCCUAUGCACGGGGUAUCGCUGAGGCGCAGCUGUUGACCAGGAUUGUCGAGGGCAUGGUGACCUUAAACCAGGCCAUCACAAACUCAGGAAUCGCGGGUUUAGAGUAUCGUCUCGUCCAGGUGGCUGAGUUGCCGUACAGCCAGAUGACGUACGUGCCCAGCGACGACAUCGACCUCAAGCCGGAGCUUGAUGCUUUGGCUGCGAACAGCAACGUGACUGAUCUGCGCGACCAAUACCAAGGGGACCUGGUGCAGCUCGUCGGAUACUUCCCGGGAACGUGUGGACUAGGGUAA